AUGUUAGGACAAUUACGAGAGGUCUUUGAAACGGGUGCUGAGCUACUGGUGUCGUGCCGUCGGAUACAAACUUUUCUGGAGUUGGAGGAAAUGGAUGUGAAAGCAAUUAAUGCUUCAAAUGUACGGUUGAAUACAAAUGGCAAACAAAUGCCUGAACUGUCGGUCAAUAAUAUUAGCGCCAAAUGGAGUGAAGACAGUCCAUAUCCAACCCUUCAGAAUAUAUCCGUAUAUCUAAGACCUGGAGAUUUGUUAGCAGUCAUUGGACCGGUAGGCGCUGGAAAGAGUUCAUUUUUGAUGACAAUAUUAAAAGAGCUACCGGUGCUCGAGGGAAGUAUACAAACUGUGGGCACCAUUAGCUAUGCCUCGCAAGAGCCCUGGAAUUUCAAUAAUAGCGUCAGAAAUAACAUACUGUUUGGCAGUGAAUACUAUGAGCACCGGUAUAAACAAGUAGUCCAUGUCUGUGCUCUGAAAAGGGAUCUCCAGAUAUUUCCCUUCGGAGACAAGACAUUAGUCGGAGAGAAAGGGGUCUCACUAUCGAGUGGACAGAAGGCUAGGAUCACUUUGGCCCGGUAUGGCAUUCACGGCACCGGUAGUCCAUACGACAGUCCUAUUGACUAA